CCGUGAGAAUCAUCGUUUAGUCACAGAAACUGACCACGAUGCUGGUAACAACGUUAUUCUUUGCUCUGCUCUCGUUGACAGCCUGCCAGGCUGCAUACAACGAUCCUCACUAUGCACCUGGACACGAAACUAUGGUGCACCUCUUCGAAUGGAAAUGGAACGACAUAGCAAAAGAGUGCGAACAAUUCCUUGGUCCCAUGGGCUAUGGUGGAGUUCAGGUGUCACCCAUUCAAGAAAACUUAGUGGCCCAAAACAGGCCAUGGUGGGAACGUUACCAACCCAUGUCCUAUCUAUUGAUCACUAGAUCUGGCAACAAAGAAGAGUUCAAAAAUAUGGUAGCAAGAUGUAACAAGGCAGGAGUUAGAAUUUACGUGGAUACCGUUGUGAAUCACAUGACAGGCAACUAUCAGAAUGCCGUUGGUACCGCAAAUUCCAAAGCAAACACGUACAACCGUGAAUAUUAUCAACCACCGUUCCAUGCCGAGCAUUUCCAUCAGCCUUGUGCUAUCACUAACUACAACAAUCCUCAGAACGUGAGAGAAUGUGAAUUAACUGGACUGCACGACUUGAAUCAACGCCUUGAAUACGUUCGCGAAAAGAUUGUCAACUUUAUGAACGAAGCCGUUGACGCUGGUGUUGCCGGAUUCAGAAUGGACGCUGCCAAGCACAUGUGGCCGGAAGAUCUAAGCGUUAUUUACUCGAGACUGCACAAUCUGAAUACCCAGCAUGGUUUUCCAAAUGGUGCCCGACCGUACAUUUUCCAGGAAGUGAUUGAUUACGGUGGUGAGGCAAUCAAGAAACAAGACUACAGCAAAAUUGGAGCAGUGGUUGAGUUCAAAUAUGCCAAAGAACUUUCAAAUGCCUUCCAAGGGAAUAACCUUCUGAAGUGGUUGACAAAUUGGGGAGAAAAGUGGGGCCUUCUACCUUCCAAAGACUCGUUAGUUUUCGUUGAUAAUCAUGACACUCAACGUGAUUCCAACGUGCUCACUUAUAAGUCUCCUAAACAAUACAAGAUGGCAGUGGCUUUCAUGUUGGCCCAUCCAUUUGGUACACCCCGUGUGAUGAGCUCCUUCGACUUCAACAACCGUGAUCAAGGUCCACCCCAGGACGGCCGUGGUAACAUCAUGUCUCCAAAAAUCAAUCAGGACAAUUCUUGCAGUGGUGGCUGGGUCUGCGAGCACCGUUGGCGACAAAUUUACAACAUGGCGCGAUUCCGUAACGCCGUAAGAGGAACCAACGUGAACAACUGGUGGGACAAUAACUCGAAUCAAAUUGCAUUCUGUCGUGGAAAUGCUGGAUUCAUAGCGAUCAAUGGAGACCGAUCGGACCUAAGAGCUACUCUCAACACCUGUCUCCCAGCUGGACAAUACUGUGACGUGAUUUCCGGUAACUUGGUUAACGGAAGAUGCACCGGAAAGGUCGUGAACGUGCAAGGAAACGGCUCAGCACAGAUUGAGAUCCGACAAGGAGAAGACGAUGGUGUUCUGGCUAUUCACAAAGGGGCUAAAGUUGCCUAAAAUCCCUGCUUGAUGAAGACUGGAAACUACAGAAGUCUUGUGUUCAUUGAUAUAUUCUAACACAUUUAUUUUACAUACUGUAUGCAAUAAAUUAUGUCGCUUAGUUCUGCGGGCAGAAACUAAAA